CGGGUAGGGGAGGGGCCCGGCCGGCCGGAGAGGCCCAGGGUCAAGACGUCCGGCCUCAGGGGCUCGGGCUGGGCAGCCGGGUCCCCUGGGCGGCUCUGAACAGGCGGGCGGCGAGGGCCCGGGUCUCAGGGCACUCAGGCCUGGUCGCAGGAUCGUCCGCCAUCGCCGCCGCCGCAGCACUGGGAGCCGGCGGGGAUGGAACGGGAGGCGUCGCCGUGGGGCCUCGAGCCCGGGGAUGUGCAAAGUCCUGAUGAAGUGGGGAGCUCCGAAGGGUCCCUCAAAGGCAACGGGAGUGAGAAUGAGGAAGAAGAAAUGUCUCAACAAGAAGGCACUGGGGACUAUGAGGUCGAAGAGAUACCCUUUGGGCUUGAGCCCCAGAGCCCUGGGUUUGAGCCAGAAAGCCCUGAGUUUGAACCCCAAAGCCCCAGGUUUGAGCCCGAAAGCCCAGGUUUUGAGUCCCGAAGCCCUGGGUUUGUGCCCCCAAGCCCUGAAUUUGCACCCAGAAGCCCUGAAUCAGGUUCUCAGAGCCCUGAGUUUGAACCCCAAAGCCCUAGGUAUGAGCCCCAGAGCCCUGGUUAUGAACCUAAGAGCCCUGGCUAUGAACCCCGGAGCCCUGGGUAUGAACCCAAGAGCCCUGGCUAUGAACCCCGGAGCCCUGGGUAUGAACCCCGGAGCCCUGGGUAUGAACCCCAGAGCCCAGGGUAUGAGCCCCAGAACCCUCUGUUCAAAACCCAAAGCCCUGAAUUUGAAGCUCAAAGUUCCAAAUUUCAGGAAGGUGCUGAGAUGCUUCUGAAUCCAGAGGAAAAGAAUCCCUUGAGCAUCCCCUUGGGAGUCCAUCCCUUGGACUCCUUCACCCAGGGAUUUGGGGAGCAGCCCACGGGGGCCUUGCCCCUAGGGCCACCUUUUGAGAUGCCCACAGGGGCCCUACUGGCUACACCCCAGUUUGAGAUGCUCCAGAAUCCCCUGGGCCUGACCGGAACCCUUAGGGGGCCAGGCCGGCGAGGUGGCCGGGCCAGGGGUGGGCAGGGCCCUCGGCCUAAUAUUUGUGGCAUCUGUGGGAAGAGCUUCGGGCGGGGCUCCACCCUGAUCCAGCACCAGCGCAUCCAUACGGGUGAGAAGCCCUAUAAAUGUGAGGUCUGUAGCAAGGCCUUCUCCCAGAGCUCUGACCUCAUCAAACACCAGCGCACCCACACGGGAGAGCGGCCCUACAAGUGUCCCCGCUGCGGCAAGGCCUUCGCUGACAGCUCUUACCUGCUUCGCCACCAGCGCACCCACUCUGGUCAGAAGCCCUACAAGUGCCCGCACUGUGGCAAGGCCUUCGGUGACAGCUCCUACCUCCUGCGGCACCAGCGCACCCACAGCCACGAGCGGCCCUACAGCUGCCCCGAGUGCGGCAAGUGCUAUAGCCAGAACUCUUCCCUGCGCAGUCACCAGAGGGUGCACACCGGGCAAAGGCCCUUCAGCUGUGGCAUCUGCGGCAAGAGCUUCUCGCAGCGCUCGGCACUUAUCCCCCACGCCCGCAGCCACGCUCGCGAGAAGCCCUUCAAGUGCCCUGAGUGCGGCAAGCGCUUCGGCCAGAGCUCCGUGCUGGCCAUCCAUGCCCGCACCCACCUGCCAGGCCGCACCUACAGCUGCCCCGACUGCGGCAAGACCUUCAACCGCUCCUCCACGCUGAUUCAGCACCAGCGCUCCCACACGGGCGAGCGGCCCUACAGGUGCGCCGUGUGCGGCAAGGGCUUCUGCCGCUCGUCCACGCUGCUGCAGCAUCACCGGGUCCACAGCGGGGAGCGGCCCUACAAGUGCGAUGACUGUGGAAAGGCCUUCUCGCAGAGCUCCGACCUCAUCCGCCACCAGCGGACCCACGCAGCCGGCCGCCGCUGACCUGGGGGCCCCUGCGGGGGGAGGGGGAGGCAGUGGGCAGAAGAGAAGGGGAUGGGAAGCUAGAGAAAUCUUUAGAGGGAAUAGUGGAAAAGCUGGAGGAGGAUGGAUGGAGGAGGAGUGGGGCCAGGGUGGAGGAAGUUGCGCGCCCUGGAGACUUAUGGGAAACGGGCUAUGAAGAGGGGUUGGAGAGAGGCCAAGCAGGCAGUGGGAGGCUCUGGGAGAGAUCCAGAAAAGAGGUCAGCAGAGAUCUGGCCUUGGCAGCAGCAUGCCCCUUGGUGGGUGCCUGGCUUGGCGAAGUGC